CAGAAGAACAAUAUUCUCUCACACUCUCUGCAAUCAAGCGCGAUGCCACAUCCUUAGUCCGCAUGGUCCUAAAGCCCCCUCUCAGGAAUCCUUUUCGCCCAAUUAUUAGACCAUCAAACGGUUCGGGGCUGCACCCCGGGAAGCCUACCCCGAACAACGCAGAUGGCUUGGUUAUACUCCACUUGUUCAAGAAGUGUCUAUUGAUCCACAUGGGAAUGCAACCUCCUAGUCUCCACUGUCUGCUCGGGCGGAGAGAGGACAAAACACGAUUAAAGAUUGGAAUCAUUGGAGGCUCUGGCCUUGAUGACCCAGACAUAUUGGAGGGAAGGACUGAGAAAUAUGUAGACACACCUUAUGGAAAGCCUUCAGAUGCCCUUAUAAUGGGGAAGAUCAAAAAUGUUGAAUGUGUGCUCCUUGCAAGGCAUGGGAGACAGCACACCAUCAUGCCAACCGACGUCAACUACCAGGCUAACAUCUGGGCGUUGCGAGAGGAGGGCUGCACACAUCUCCUGGUCACCACGGCCUGUGGUUCCCUCCGGGAAGAGAUCCAACCAGGAGACAUCGUCAUCAUCGACCAGUUUAUAGACAGGACGACAAAGAGGGCCCAGACGCUGUACGACGGGCGGCCCACCAGUCCUCCAGGCGUGUCUCACAUCCCCAUGGCUGAGCCCUUCUGCACCCGGACCAGGGAGGUGCUGCUGGAGGUGGCGCGCGGCCUGGGGGUGAAGUGCCACCCGCAGGGUACGGUGCUCACCAUCGAGGGCCCUCGCUUCUCGUCGCGUGCCGAGAGCCUGAUGUUCCGCCAGUGGGGUGCCGACGUUAUUAACAUGACCAGCGUGCCAGAGGGUCUCGCCAAGGAGGCGGGCCUUUGCUAUGCUAGCAUCGCCAUGGCCACUGACUACGACUGCUGGAAAGAGCAUGAGGAGGCUGUCUGCGUCGACAACGUCCUGAAGACUAUGAAGGAGAAUGCCAACAAGGCCAGCAGUAUCCUGCUCACUGCUAUUCCCCUGAUAUGCACCCAGGAGGACUGGACCCACACCAUAAAGGCUCUGAAGACAACAGCCCAAUCCUCAAUAAUGCUACCAAAACAACAUUGAGAACCACUGAAAAGCCUCUCGCCACCCUGUAUAUCAGAGAAUGACUUGCAACACACCAGCCACCAAUACCAACAAUGGAUUCAUCUCUCUCUCGAUUCCUCAUCAGUGAAUCACAAGAAAGUGCCUGAUAUGCAUGUUUUCAUUAUUGUACAUUUGCCAGGAUUUCACAACACAUUUGAGUAACAUUACAUUGUUUGCCAGAAGCAUACCAUUCUGCAUCCCACUGCUGGCUUGCCUCUGAAGCUAAGCAGGGUUGUUCCUGGAUGGGAGACCAGAUGCUGCUGGAAGUGGUGUUGGAGGGUGAAUAGGAGGCAUUCUUUUUUUCUGGUCAAAAAAAAAGGUCCCAAUGCCUCAGGGCAGUGAUUGGGGAAAUUUCCCUGUGUAGGGUGCCGUCUUUCAGAUAGGUGUCCUGAGAGCCACUGUUUCACUGUUUGUUCACUGUUUGUUUCACUGUACUGUUCAGCCAUGUUUUCAUACUGUAGAUACAUUUUAGAAUGUAACUAUGCAUUAAAGUAUGUCUUAUGUCUUCUGAAAGAAAGGUUAAAGGACUUAGUUGGUUGUUUUCAUGGAUUGUUUGUAACCGGUAUGGUCUGUACAUGUAGGUCUAUGACCAACAAGACUUUUGCACCGAGUAUAAUUGGAACAGGACAUUCAAUCAAAAGCAACUGCCACUUCUGUCGAUAAAGCCUCAAGCCUGUUUAUCCGGCUCUGGGGUGAAGUUUAGUUUAGGUACAUAUCUAGGAUCAGCUUCCCCAAUCCUAACCAUUUAGUGGGAGAAAUGCUAAACUGGCUGAAGACCAACUUCACCAUACUGUUUUUCCAAUUUGUUGCCCUGAAACAAGGUCAAACCACAUUGUUGAUAGAUUCGUGGCUCUUUUCUCCUGAUUAUUAAGUGAGGGAAUAGUGGAUUCAUGGCUCAUAUACUUUCCAUAAAAUAAAAGGCCUUGUUUCAUUAAGAAAGACUUCCACUGAGGGCAUUAUCCAUCUGUGACGGGAUCAUCUAAAACGAUCUUCAAAACACUUCAUGUUAACCUAGCACUUAUUUUUACAUGGAUUCACAGCUGCAGUAUUAUAAUGUGCUAAUAGGGUUCACUUCAGGAAGUAGGCUUAACAGUCAACAUGAUGGUGGAUAUUCAGUUAUGAUUGUGUUCGACUGCAUGUACAGGUCAAAUGUGUUUGCAAGUGUAACAAAAUCAAUAAAGUUAUGUAGAUUGGAAA